UCCCCCUCGGGUUCCUCGGCUGGGUCCGGCCCGGCCUCUGUCCUCCGCUCCGGCUUUUCGGGCCCGGAGGGCGGCCCUGCUGCCGCCGCCAUGUCCCUGCACGGAAAGCGGAAGGAGAUCUACAAGUAUGAGGCACCGUGGACGGUCUAUGCUAUGAACUGGAGCGUGCGGCCCGACAAGCGCUUCCGUCUGGCGCUGGGCAGUUUUGUGGAGGAGUACAACAACAAGGUCCAACUUGUAGGUUUAGAUGAGGAGAGUUCCGAAUUUAUUUGCAGAAACACUUUUGACCAUCCAUACCCCACCACAAAGCUGAUGUGGAUCCCUGACACGAAGGGAGUCUACCCAGAUUUGUUGGCAACCAGUGGUGAUUAUCUCCGUGUGUGGAGGGUUGGUGAAACAGAGACCAGACUAGAAUGUUUGCUGAACAAUAACAAGAACUCUGAUUUCUGUGCUCCCUUGACCUCUUUUGACUGGAAUGAGGUAGAUCCUUAUCUCUUAGGUACCUCAAGCAUUGAUACAACCUGUACUAUCUGGGGUCUGGAGACUGGUCAGGUUCUAGGGAGAGUGAAUCUAGUAUCUGGCCAUGUGAAGACUCAGCUGAUAGCACAUGACAAAGAGGUCUAUGACAUUGCAUUUAGUCGGGCCGGGGGCGGCAGGGACAUGUUUGCUUCAGUGGGUGCAGAUGGUUCUGUGCGGAUGUUUGAUCUCCGCCACCUAGAACACAGUACCAUCAUUUAUGAAGACCCACAGCAUCACCCCCUGCUACGUCUCUGUUGGAACAAGCAGGACCCUAAUUAUCUAGCCACAAUGGCCAUGGAUGGAAUGGAGGUGGUAAUUUUGGAUGUACGAGUUCCCUGUACCCCGGUUGCCAGGUUAAACAACCACCGAGCAUGUGUAAAUGGUAUUGCCUGGGCCCCACAUUCAUCUUGCCACAUCUGUACUGCAGCGGAUGACCAUCAGGCUCUCAUCUGGGAUAUCCAGCAAAUGCCCCGAGCCAUUGAGGACCCUAUCUUAGCCUACACGGCAGAAGGUGAAAUCAACAAUGUACAGUGGGCAUCAACUCAGCCUGACUGGAUAGCCAUCUGCUACAACAACUGUCUGGAGAUACUGAGAGUUUAAUGCUGUUGGGAGUCCAUGCCGAAGAGGCAGGGGCUAUGUUUUCUGCCCCAUCCCUUUCCCCAAAGUAAGAACAAGUUUCCAGUGGCCAGUAUGUCUUUUGUUGCUUUGCAUCCACUGUUCCCAGAAGCUGCUCUAGGAAUUUCUUGCCAGUCUCCCCGUUGCCUGUGCUGGACUCAGAACACAGUGAUGUGUGGAGCCUCCUUGGCCUCUGAGGUUGGGUUUCUUCUCCCCUAUUCUCCCUUGUUUUCUCAAUUAAAAAUUUCUGUAUAUUUGUUUGUCAGCUGUUGUGUUAAUGAGCAUUAUAAGCACUAGCUGUGUUUGUGUUAAUCUACUGCAUAUAUCUGUAUCUGUCAGCUGCCUAAGGCAGCAAAUCCAGUUCACUUGUUAGCUCUUAAAUGGAAAGAAAAAUAACAAUUUUGAAGGAGUCUCUCCUUUUGUCAUUUGCUGUCUUUAAUACAUUUCAAGUUUGUAUUUUUUUUAA